CUCGGAACUGGCUGGAAACUUCUGUGGGAGCGACAACUUUACCAAUUUCAGUCCAGGAACUUUUCUUUGCAAGAGAGACGGGGUGCAAGUGGCCCCGGUUUCGUUCUCUGUCUUCCCUCCCUCCUCCUCCUCCUCCGAUCCGACUCGCCUUCCCCAGGUUUGGAGCGGGCAGCACCCAGCGCCUCUGCUAAGUGCCCGCCGCAGCAGCCCGGUGACGCGCCAACCUCCCCGGGAGCCGUUCGGCUCGGCGUCCGCGUCCGGGCAGCUGAGGGAAGAGGAGCCCCAGCCGCCGCGGCUUCUCGCCUUUCCCGGCCACCCGCCCCCUGCCCCGGGCUCGCGUAUGAAUCUCCUGGACCCCUUCAUGAAAAUGACCGACGAGCAGGAAAAGGGCCUGUCUGGCGCCCCCAGCCCCACCAUGUCGGAGGACUCGGCUGGCUCGCCCUGUCCCUCGGGCUCCGGCUCCGACACGGAGAACACUCGGCCCCAGGAGAACACGUUCCCCAAGGGCGAGCCGGAUCUGAAGAAGGAGAGCGAGGAAGAUAAGUUCCCCGUGUGCAUCCGCGAGGCCGUCAGCCAGGUGCUGAAGGGCUACGACUGGACGCUGGUGCCCAUGCCGGUGCGCGUCAACGGCUCCAGCAAGAACAAGCCACACGUCAAGCGGCCCAUGAACGCCUUCAUGGUGUGGGCGCAGGCUGCGCGCAGGAAGCUGGCAGACCAGUACCCGCAUCUGCACAACGCGGAGCUCAGCAAGACGCUGGGCAAGCUCUGGAGACUGCUGAACGAGAGCGAGAAGAGACCCUUCGUGGAGGAGGCGGAGCGGCUGCGCGUGCAGCACAAGAAAGACCACCCCGAUUACAAGUACCAGCCGCGGCGGAGGAAGUCGGUGAAGAAUGGCCAAGCCGAGGCCGAAGAGGCCACGGAACAGACUCACAUCUCUCCUAACGCCAUCUUCAAGGCGCUACAAGCCGACUCUCCACACUCCUCCUCAGGCAUGAGUGAGGUGCACUCCCCGGGAGAGCACUCCGGGCAAUCUCAGGGUCCACCGACCCCACCCACCACUCCCAAAACCGACGUGCAAGCUGGCAAAGGUGAUCUGAAGCGAGAGGGGCGCCCUCUGGCAGAGGGGGGCAGACAGCCCCCCAUCGACUUCCGCGACGUAGACAUCGGUGAACUGAGCAGCGACGUCAUCUCCAACAUCGAGACCUUCGACGUCAAUGAGUUUGACCAAUACUUGCCGCCCAACGGCCACCCAGGGGUGCCGGCCACCCACGGCCAGGUCACCUACACUGGCAGCUAUGGCAUCAGCAGCACCGCACCCACCCCAGCCACCGCGGGCCACGUGUGGAUGUCAAAGCAGCAGGCGCCGCCCCCUCCUCCGCAGCAGCCCCCGCAGGCCCCGCAAGCCCCACAGGCGCCUCCGCAGCAGCAAGCGCCCCCGCAGCAGCAGCAGGCACCCCAGCAGCAGCAAGCGCACACGCUCACCACGCUGAGCAGCGAGCCAGGCCAGUCCCAGAGAACGCACAUCAAGACCGAGCAACUGAGCCCCAGCCACUACAGCGAGCAGCAGCAGCACUCGCCGCAGCAGAUCUCCUACAGCCCCUUCAACCUUCCGCACUACAGCCCCUCCUACCCGCCCAUCACGCGCUCGCAGUACGACUACACCGACCACCAGAACUCCGGCUCCUACUACAGCCACGCAGCCGGCCAGGGUUCGGGGCUCUACUCCACCUUCACUUACAUGAACCCCGCGCAGCGCCCCAUGUACACCCCCAUCGCUGACACCUCCGGGGUCCCUUCCAUCCCGCAGACACACAGCCCUCAGCACUGGGAACAACCCGUCUACACACAGCUCACCAGACCCUGAGGAGACCUUGUUGAGCGAUGGUGAAAGAGCUGAUCUUUUUUUUUU